AGACAGCGAGAACGCGGUGUCCCCGGGUGGCCCCUGGGUCCCUUCCUCAUUUUGCCAUCCUUCUCGGGACCACUCUGGCUUUUCGCAGCCCGAAUCACAGCCUCUGAAUAGCCAGGUGUCCUUACCCACCACCCGCCCUCCCCGGUUGGGGCAGAGCAGCCUGAGGUGCCAGCUCCGCGAGGCUGGAGUGGGAGGCGAGCACAGUCCGGCGAGAAAAUCUGCUCGGUCCCAGGCAUCCGCCGCUGCCCCUUUGAUGUUUUGGUACGCCGUGCGCAUGCGCCUCACAUUAGAAUUACUGCACUGGGCAGACUAAGUUGGAUCUCCUCUCUUCAGUGAAACCCUCAAUCCCAUCAAAAACUAAAGGGAUGUGGAGAGUCCGGAAAAAGGGCUACUUUGGGAUUUGGUCAUUCGCCUUAAUAAUCGCCGCUGUCUGUGCUCAGAGUGUCAAUGACCCUAGUAAUAUGUCGCUGGUUAAAGAGACGGUGGAUAGACUCCUGAAAGGCUAUGACAUUCGUUUGAGACCAGAUUUUGGAGGUCCCCCAGUGGCUGUGGGAAUGAAUAUUGACAUCGCCAGCAUUGAUAUGGUUUCUGAAGUCAAUAUGGAUUAUACGUUGACAAUGUACUUUCAGCAAGCCUGGAGAGAUAAGAGGCUGUCGUAUAAUGUAAUACCUCUAAACUUGACUCUGGACAAUAGAGUGGCAGACCAGCUCUGGGUGCCAGAUACCUACUUCCUGAACGAUAAGAAGUCGUUUGUGCAUGGAGUGACCGUCAAGAACCGCAUGAUCCGCCUGCAUCCGGAUGGGACGGUCCUCUAUGGCCUCAGAAUCACAACCACAGCUGCCUGCAUGAUGGACCUAAGGCGGUACCCACUGGAUGAACAAAACUGCACCUUGGAAAUUGAAAGCUAUGGAUAUACAACUGAUGACAUUGAGUUUUACUGGCGUGGGGAUGAUAACGCAGUAACAGGAGUAACAAAGAUUGAACUUCCACAGUUCUCUAUUGUAGAUUACAAACUUAUCACCAAGAAGGUUGUUUUUUCCACAGGUUCCUAUCCCAGGUUGUCCCUCAGCUUUAAGCUUAAGAGAAACAUUGGUUACUUUAUCCUGCAGACAUACAUGCCUUCCAUUCUGAUCACUAUCCUCUCCUGGGUCUCCUUCUGGAUUAACUAUGAUGCUUCAGCUGCAAGAGUGGCAUUAGGAAUUACAACUGUGCUUACAAUGACCACAAUCAAUACCCACCUCCGGGAGACUCUCCCUAAAAUCCCCUAUGUGAAGGCCAUUGACAUGUACCUGAUGGGGUGCUUUGUCUUUGUUUUCAUGGCCCUUCUGGAAUAUGCUUUGGUCAACUACAUCUUCUUUGGGAGGGGACCCCAACGCCAAAAGAAAGCAGCUGAGAAGGCUGCUAGCGCCAACAACGAGAAGAUGCGCCUGGAUGUCAACAAGAUUUUUUAUAAAGAUAUUAAACAAAAUGGGACCCAAUAUCGAUCCUUGUGGGACCCAACUGGAAACCUCUCCCCAACUAGACGGACUACCAAUUACGAUUUCUCUCUGUAUACGAUGGACCCCCAUGAGAACAUCUUACUUAGCACUCUUGAAAUAAAAAACGAAAUGGCCACAUCUGAGGCUGUGAUGGGACUUGGAGACCCCAGGAGCACAAUGCUGGCCUAUGAUGCCUCCAGCAUCCAGUAUCGGAAAGCUGGGUUGCCCAGGCAUAGUUUUGGCCGAAAUGCCCUGGAACGACACGUGGCACAAAAGAAAAGUCGCCUGAGGAGACGCGCCUCCCAGCUGAAAAUCACCAUCCCCGACUUGACUGAUGUGAAUGCCAUAGAUCGGUGGUCCCGCAUUUUCUUCCCAGUGGUUUUUUCCUUCUUCAACAUCGUCUAUUGGCUUUAUUAUGUGAACUAAAACAUAGCCUCCCCUGGGAAGCAAGGACUAGAUUCCUCCUCAAACCAGUUGUACAACCUGAUGUAGGACUUGGAAAACACAUCAAUCCAGGACAAAAGUGAUGCUAAAAUACCUUAGUUGCUGGCCUAUCCUGUGGUCCAUUUCAUACCAUUUGGGUUGCUUCUGCUAAGUAAUGAAUACACUAAGGUCCUUGUGGUUUUCCAGUUAAAAUGAAAGUGAUUUGUACACAUGCUGGCAAGAUUGAGCCUGAAUGUUUCACUUUAUCUUCUUAGUAUGCGGCCAUCUACAAAGGGGAAUUAUUUAGAAGAUAUUCUUAGAAGGCUCAAUAACUCUCAUACAUUUCACUGAGAAGUGAUCAUAUCCAGAUACUUCCCCGUCUUCACUCCUAGGGUUGGCAUGCUGUUGAGAUAGCACUGUGCUUAUGAAACAUUAUCUGCAAUGCCAUGCAAACGUUCUUACUGAAGAUGGUCUGUGCCUGGCUUACUAAGAUGAUACUAGUGCCAUGGGAAGAUAAUUCCCACUGGAUUCUAGAAGGUCCUCAUGUAAUUUGAAUAGGAUGGGGGAGUCAAAACAGAGACUCAGGAAACCAAUUUGGCCAGUCUUUGCUUGAGCACAGGGAAUCAACUAUGACGUCUUCUCUUGACAUUUAGAGACGGGGAGACUUCUGAACAUUAUCAUGCAUGGUAGCCAAAGAAAUUUUUCUGAAAAGCUAUUUCCUAGGUGGUUAAAGUAAGAGCUAACAACCCAGAGCAGAGUGGAAAAUUCAGAAAUGACUGUUGUAGCAAAAUUAAAGCAAGAGAGCAGCAUGACCCUUAUCAGUCCCACACAGCAUCUGGUCUAUACAUACUGUGUUCAGCGGCAAAAGGUAGAGCGAGAGAGAAUUUGUCCAACCUCACAAGCUUUUGACAGCAUACAUACAGAGGUUUUUAUAGUUUAUCUAAUCAAAAGCUAACCACAAAAUAGAAAAGUUAGCAGAAUUAGAAGUGUCUUAGAUGUAGGUUAGAUUGGGACUCAUGCAAAUAUAUAGAGAACACAAAGCCAGCAAACAGUUGCUUUUCUCAAACAAUGUCAGCUGUCUCUGCAAUAUUUCCCUAUAAGUUUAUUUCUGAAUUUAAUAGGGUAUUUUCAAAGAAGCAUUUGUUCAUUUCUUUAAAGGAUUAAUAGUUCUUUCCAGCUUUUCUUCCUUCUGAAAUUCUGAUUAUAUUCUUAGGAGACAGAUAAAGUAAGGCUUUGGAGAGAUUGCAUGAACUAUAUUUCCUUCUUUGCAGUGAACUUCACCUUUGUAUUUUCAUAGCAAACAAUACUUCAAAGAUUAUGUGCACAAGUAGAGUUAGUUUGUGAGUUUGUUGAGUUUGAAUUUUUAAGGAUCCUUUCAUUGGGUAUGUUGCAAUCUGCCUAUGGAAGAAAAUAUGGAAACUAGUGGAAAAUAGGACGACAACAAAGCCGCCUAAACGUGAUGAAUGUUAUGAGCCUCAGUUGAUAUUGCAGAAAAACAUAUAACUGAUAAUCAGGCAGGCACUAUGUAUUGUUUUUUAUUCUAUCUUUAAAUUAUGUCAUUCUGUUUCUUUCUAUACUAAUUGGACAUAUGCAUACAUAUGUUGGACAGGAAAGAGAAUAAGCUAAUAUAUUUUAUUUCUAUCAAUGUGAGGUUCAUAUUUUGCUUUUCUUGGAGAAAAUAGUGAAUUGCUAAAUUUUCCUUAAAGUUUGAUUUGAUUGAACUUUUUCUUGGUGGAUGACUUUGCUAUUUCUAUUUCAAAACAAAAAAACACCUCUUUUCGGAGUAACAUUCCUAAUUGUGCAUCGUAGCCAAGGCCAGUAUCUGCCUGUGAAUAAAAUGUAUGUUUUCUUCCCUUGAUGAUUCAGCAGCUUGGAGUAUGAUGGAGUCCUGCUGCCCUUACCUUCCAACCAUCAGAGAAUAACAACCACACAAAAGCUUUAGCAUUCAGCUUUCUGAAUUUGCCCCAAGAUGGGAUGGAAUUUUUUUUCACCAGCAUAGGGAACUCUGACCCUUAUUUUUUUGAUUGUACACUUGAACACCUCUAAGUGUGAUCUUUGGGCAGAAUCCAACCAAGGUUCUGCCCACGGGCUCAGAGUAGCAAUUCCUCAAGUUUCUCCAGGGACACACUUUCUCCUAGGCAACCAUUCGGGGGCAUCACACUACUGAAAGUGCCUGCCCCUUGUGGCCAGGGGUUAAAGUUUGAGUAGCAUAUAUCAGGAAGGAGCAUAUCGAUAACUCAGGUGCACAACUCCAAAAUGCCAUUCUGGAAAGGCUUUUCUAGAGACAACACAGAGCUCAAGUCUAGAAGUGGGCUCUUAUUUGCAAUUAUUGUAAAAGCCAUAAAAAUCCUUGAUAUUGUCAUUUAUGGUUACAACAAAAUUUUGAUGUCCAGGGAAGUCAACAGAGUAACUUUAGAUCAAAGUGGAGAGAAGCAACUUCACAUCAUAAGCCUCAAAAGCACAUGACCAAGGAUUCAUUUCUGCUCUUGGUGAUAAGAAAGAAACUAGGAAAAGGAGAAAGGUGGGAACUUGGAACACAUACCCUGGAGCGAAAUCCACAUAUUGGCAUUCAUGACCAUGUAGAUAGAAACAACUGACUCAUCCUGCCCAGAGAGAACAGUAGAUAUAGAAUUUAUUCUGAAACUACAUUUUUACUGUAGUAGGAUUGGAUUGUAGUCACCAAACUGGGGAGGGUUGGGGAGGGGUGCUAGAUCUCAAAAGCCCACAAAGAUCAGUCAGCUUGAUAGCCAGUGGUUAAAUUUAAGGACCACAAAAGUGUGUUUUGGAAAUUCUGAUAUGGUAUUACUAUCAGUUUAUACAUAUAUGUAUAGUUUUUCUUUUGGUUAUGAAACAGCCAGAUAGCCAGCAAUUAAGGUGUUUUUUCAUCCUUGUGAAAUUCAUAGGCAAAUUCUGACUCUAAAAUGCACAGUCUAAAUGAAAUCUCUGAUCUCAAUCUGUAUAUAUGUAUUGUACAUGACUCUAGUAGGUAUGAAAUGCAUUUUCAGAAUUGAAAACUCAUGCAACAUAAUCAUGUGUUUGCAUAAGGAAUGUUACAAUUCUUUCUACUGCAAUUUAACAACAGGGGAAAAGACUUAAGCAGUGCCAUCUAGACCUUUUCUCUUCUCAUUUCUUCAAAUGCAGCGCUAAGUAAAAAAGAUUAUAAUAACAAAAAUGGUUUAUGAAUCAAAAGACUUUACAUUCUAGCAUUAGGACACAAAAAAAUCUGUCUGCUAACAAAAGCACAAAAUAUAGAGAAAGUUCAGUGGAAUGUGUAAUGAGGAAAUGAAUCAUAUUUAUUUUAAGCAAGACCUGCAUUAAAUUGGCGACUAAGACAAUUUCCAUUUUCUAUAGGUAACUGUGUUCCAGUUUUAUGACUAACUUCAUAUUCAACAACAAAAACAGCAAAACAAUCAACAAAUAACAGGUCUUACAACAUAUCUACAUGUAUAUAUGUGUAUAUAUAGAUCCAUAUAAACAUACAUACAUAUAUAUAUGCAUUCAUAUGUUGGAAAACAAAAGGAAUAAGCUAAUAUGUUUUAUUUCCUUCAUUAAACCAGAGUAUGAAUAUUUUUAAUUUGACAACCAACAAAUCAACAUAUUGAAACAAGUAAUACAGGGUACUGAGCAUUUCUCUAUCAGCAAAUCAAUGCCUACAGUUCCUAUGAACCAUUGCACAGUUUGACACUACAAUAGUACUGUACCUCAGAACAUCGGAAAUUAACUAGUUCUCACAUUGCUUGUCUACUGCUCUCUUUUUCAAGGAAACAAAUAACAUUGUCCAUUGGUGAUUUAAAAACAAAUAUGUCUUAAGAAAACAGAAAAUGAUAAAUAUAUAUAUAUAUAUAUAUUCCUCCUAGGAGGAGGAAAAAAAAAAACUAAACCCCACCAUGUUGGUUAGGGCAAAUGUUCUUAACGGUAGCAAUCAUGCCAUUUUGCUAAAUGUACAGAAUACAUGUAAUGUGAGCAACCAUAACUUUCACUGAGCGUGUGUAAAUAUUAAAACAGAUUUCUUAAAUAUUUUUAACUUCUAAUUUGUAUUUUAUGGUAAGGCAACGUGCUAAUUCUGUUUAUGGCUUAAGUUAAUGUGUUAUAAUAUGAUGUAAAUAAUUCAACAUGCUGUAAAUGAAUAGUCGAUAGAUACAAAUUGUUUAGUUUUCUCUUUCUUAAUUUUAUUUAUUUUUUACUAAGUACAGUUACUGCAGUGCCCCAGCAGAGUAAUUUAAACACCCUUUUGCGUAAAUGGUUUGGGAUCCCAGACAGAAGGGUUUCAAUUUCAAUUUGCUAUCACACACUCACACACAUAUCCACAUACACACGCACACACAUACACACAUUCAAACACACACACUCUUUCACCUGCCCACUCACUCACUCCCACUCUCGGCCUCUCCAUGAGAAACGCUGUAGUGUUAGUGUAGUCAAUGUAACAACCAAGAGACAGCCUUAGAAACGGCAAGUGGGAAAAGCAGAAAUGAUCAUUGAUAACUUGAUGGGGUUUUUUAUAUGUCAGAGUUCAAGAAACCAAAGGCUGUAACUUAAAUCUCAAUUUUCAAAGAGUAAAAGUUUAUAUUGAUGACACUACAGAAAUAGAAGUGCUUAUUAUUCAUACUUGCUCCAGAAAUUUGUUACACACAAUACAUACUAGAAGACUUUUUUUUAAUAAUAGCGUUUUAUCCUUAGAUAGUAUUGUUCCUUUCAACCAAAGACUCCAGAAUUAUUAAAAAAGUAAAAAGGAAAGAAAAAAGGAAAAAUAGGGGAAAAUCGAAAAAAAAAAAAAGACACUGCUUCACACCAAAGCUUUAAAAAAUAUUUUCCAAAUACACUAGGAAUAUUGUAAAAAAAAAAAAAUAGUAAGGAGCCAAGAGACUACUGAUUAAGAUACUGCUCUAAAGAAAACAUUUAAGAAAAAAACAGCACUCAAAUAUCUAUUAGUUAUUUGGAAAUUCAAGUAAAACAUUUCUGUAGAUAUAUGCAAAAUUUGGGCAUCAGAUUUUAAUUUGCUUUGUGAAGUUCUUUUGUGUUACAGAUAAAUAUGAUCCAAAAUGAUGAAAACAAAACUCUGUGUUUUUUUAACUUUCAAAAGCAAAUGUCUCUCUCCUGUCACAUGUCCAGUAUCUGAUGCCCAUGUGUGUGUCCUUGCACCAUCUGAAGCAAGUUGAUGGUUCCAUCAGCUUGUGUUUUCCCUUUUCAGUUCAAUAAUUUGAGUUCAAUGAUGGUCAUUUUAAACAUAAUUCAUUCAAACAAAGUUGCAAAUAAUUUAAAUUCUAUAACAUUUUGUAUUUUUAUUUGCAUGGGUGUUUAAAUACUUCUGUUAUGAAUAUUGUCCCUGCACAGUUCUGAAUUGUCCUUUUAUAAAAAGUGAUAUUCUAGUUUCUUCACAAUGUAGUGAUUAUCAGCCUUACUAAUGACCUUGUAGCCUUUCUUAAUAUGCACAUAAUGCACAUUUUCCAAUGGCUAGAAAAUGCAAAACACAAGUGGAUUUCAUUGCAUCUAUUUUCAUGUCUUUCUAAAAACAGGACUAUUAAAAUCUCUGGGAUACAUGAGAUCGUAACAAAUGAGGAAUAUAAAUGAAUAGCACAUAAGAAUUAUUUUCUUGACUUUAAACUUAUUACAGCCAGUUUCAGCAUGUAAAUAUACAAUAAUGUUGGCUAGUGUGUAAUUCUUGAACUAAGAAAUAUAAAUAAAACUUAAAAGGA